GUGAGGUCAGAGGAGGUAGAACCUGGGGCUUCCAGAGCCUACACUGUGCUGGAGAGACCCAGAGUGCGGGGGUUCCGGCCAUCUGGCAUUUUCAAGAACGUGGGGCCCGGCCGGUCACUUGGUCCUACUGGGCCCGGGUUAGGGUUUCCUGGUGAGCAGCCCCAUGAAUGAUUGAUGUCCUCUCAGCUUGGGUUUCAUGCAGGCCGCCUUAGCGCCGCCGGGUGCCAUGCAGCAGGCCCAGGUGUGGGCCCUGCAGACAGCUGGACCUCUGGGCAGCCAGGCACGCCCUGCUCCUUCCGGCCAGCAGCCUUACCUCACAGGCACCCUCCGUGUCCAGCGGUAUACUGGGGACUUCAGAUGGACACUGCUAUGGAAGCCAACCUGGGUGUCUUUGGCCGUGGGCCCCGCACGGAGCUCGAUGAUGAGGACUACUACCCCCAGGGUAGCUGGGACACGGUCUUCCUGGUGGCUCUGCUGAUCCUGGGGCUCCCGGCCAACGCCGUCAUGGCAUGGCUGGCUGGCUCGCAGGCCCGACAGGGAGCAGGCACGCGGCUGGCUCUGCUCCUGCUCAGCCUGGCUCUCUCUGACUUUCUGUUCCUGGCCGCAGCGGUCUUCCAGAUCAUGGAGAUCCAGUAUGGAGGGCACUGGCCGCUGGGGACAGCAGCGUGCCGCUUCUACUACUUCCUGUGGGGCGUGUCCUAUUCCUCUGGCCUCUUCCUGCUGGCAGCCCUCAGCCUGGACCGUUGCCUGCUGGCGCUCUGCCCACGCUGGUACCCUGGGCGCCGCCCGGUCCGCCUGCCCCUCUGGGUCUGCGCCGGGGUCUGGGUGCUGGCCACACUCUUCAGUGUACCCUGGCUGGUCUUUCCUGAGGCCGUCGUCUGGUGGUACGACCUGGUCAUCUGCCUGGACUUCUGGGACAGCGAGGAGCUGCCACUGCGGAUGCUGGAGAUCCUGGGGGGCUUCCUGCCUUUCCUCCUGCUGCUCGUCUGCCACGUGCUCACCCAGGCCGCCGCCUGCAGGACCUGCUGCCGCCGCCAGCCAAGACCCGCGGCAUGCCGCGGCUUUGCCCGGGUGGCCAAGACCAUCUUGUCAGCUUACGUGGUCCUGCGGCUGCCCUACCAGCUGGCACAGCUGCUGUACCUGGCCUUCCUGUGGGACAUCUACCCAGGCUACCUGCUAUGGGAAGUGCUUGUCUACUCCGACUACCUGAUCCUGCUCAACAGCUGCCUCAGUCCCUUCCUCUGCCUCCUGGCCAGCGCGGACCUGCGGGCCCUGCUGCGCACCGUGCUCUCCUCCUUCGCGGCAGCGCUCUGCGAAGAACGGCCGGGCAGCUUCACGCCGGCCGAGCCGCAAGCCCAAGUGGACUCGGCGGGACAGACUCUGCCGGGACCAACUGCUGAGGCCCAGACACAGGUGAACCUCACAGCCCAGCUGCAGGAGAACCCCACGACCCAGCCCCGGCCACCAUCAGAUUCUGUGGCUCAGCCUCAGCCAAACUCCACAGACCAGCCACCAUCAGAUUCUGUGGCCCAGCCCCAGCCGAACCCCACGGCCCAGCCACAGGUAGACCAUGAAGCCCAGCCCCAGGUGGACUCUGUGGCCCAGCCACAGGCAAGCCCUGAAGCCCAGAUCCCUGGACCUGCUGCCAGCUCAGCCCCCAGCCCCUGUGAUGAAGCCCCCUUUGCCCCAUCCAAAGAUCCCACCCCAGAGAUCCCUGAGAAUCCAACCACGCCUGCCGCCUCUGAAUGAGAAAGCCCGGCAGUGCCCCGCAGAGGAGGCUCCUGGUGCAGAACCCACGUGGGGGCCCAGAAAGCCUAG